AGUGCAGCAAAAAUAAAAUAAAAAAAUAUGUGGGAAUCACAUCUAAAAGGUACACCUAACGACUCAUGCAACUCAGAAGCAUUACGUGUGUUCUUUUUGUGGAAAGAGUUUUACAGCCUCAGGAACCCUGAAAGCACAUGAGAGAGUGCAUGCUGGAGAGAAGCCACGCCACUGCACUUCAUGUGGGACAAGUUUCACAUUAUCAAGUAGUGUACAGAAGCAUUUAAAAACAUUGUCCAAAGUUGUCAUAGGGAGCAACGUUCAUCUUCAGGGACAACACUUGAAUGCAACACAACACUAUUUAGUAAAUGUAACAAAUUUCAGUCACAUCACUAGAUGGCUGAUGGCUGUAGUCAGCAAAUAAUAACACCAGUUAAAGAACAUAAAGACACACAUCAUAUAGCUACAGAAAAAUGCCACGAAAUGGAUUGAAAUUACCUUGUAUACCAAUUAUGUAACAGAUUUAAUGUCAUUGAUGUUAGAGUGAUGGAAUUAACCUUUAGCACAUCACAUUAAAUUAAAUUGUGGUUCACUUUAGUGUAUUAUUUCUUUAACAUUAUUGCAAAAAUGUUGGCGAUUUCUGAUAAUGUUACAAGCAACUAUGUUCUUAAAAGUUCCUACUCUAUACACAGCUCUGGUACUUGAAGAGAAACAGAUUCAGCUAAUUAAACAUGUGAGAAGACAGAGGUAUUGUACAGGUCAUAUGCACUGACACCCUGCUCUGUACAUGACCUGGCAAAAACAAAGAUCUACCUUUAAGACCUAAAUUCUUUUUGAAUGAAGAGGGUGAAAGUCAACAGAAAUUCCACAAAACCUAAAUAAUGUGAAGAAGUCUGCAGAGAAAAGGGCUGCAUUUCUGUGCAACAAACAUUUUCUUUUAUGCCUUUCCUGAGAUACUGUUUGUCUGUGAAGAAAGAGGAAUAAGUUGGCAUAUAAAGAGGAACAACUCCAAGUGUAACCACUGAAGUCAACUGACAUACUAUUGCAAAAAUGAAGUCUGUUAAAGAGGAGAAAGAAGACUUGAGUUAUCCAGAGACACGGAUAAUGAAACAUGAAGAUACUGAGGAACAAAGAGACCUGAUGGAAGUAAAAGAGGAAAGUCAAGAACUGAAUGAUGUGGAGGAGAAACAUCAGAAUGACAUAUGUGAUUUCAGUUUUGGUGAAAAAUCUUCUAGUUGCUCACAGAUGAAAAGUAAUUUCUCACAAAAAAGUACUCUAAGAACAAGAGCCAAAAAUACCUUCACAUGCCCUCAAUGUGGAAAGAGUUUUGCACUCAAAUCAGUUCUUAAAAAGCACCUGAGAAUUCACACUGGAGAGAAGCCUUUCACAUGCACUCAGUGUGGAAAGAGUUUCACACAAAAAGGACACCUUAAGGGUCAUGUGAUAUUUCACACUGGAGAGAAGCCAUUUACAUGCGCUCAAUGUGGAAAGAGUUUUGCACUCAAAGCAGUUCUUAAAAAGCACCUGAGAAUUCACACUGGAGAGAAGCCUUUCACAUGCACUCAGUGUGGAAAGAGUUUCACUCACAAAGGACUUCUUAAGAGUCAUGUGAUAAUUCACACUGGAGAGAAGCCAUUUACAUGCUCUCAGUGUGGAAAGGGUUUUGCAGUAAAAGGAGUUCUUAAGAAGCACCUGAGAAUUCACACCGGAGAGAGGCCUUUUACAUGCCCUCAGUGUGGAAAGAGUUUCACAAAUAAAGAACACCUUAAGAGUCACAUGAUGAUUCACACUGGAGAGAGGCCUUUUACAUGCUCUCAAUGUGGAAAGAGUUUUGCACUCAAAGCAGUUCUAAAAAAGCACCUGAGAAUUCACACCGGAGAGAGGCCUUUUACAUGCACUCAGUGUGGAAAGAGUUUCACACAAAAAGGACACCUUAAGAGUCACAUGAUUAUUCACACUGGAGAGAGGCAUUUUACAUGCGCUCAGUGUGGAAAGAGUUUUGCACUCAAAGCAGUUUUAAAAAAGCACCUGAGGAUUCACACUGGAGAGAAGCCUUUCACAUGCACUCAGUGUGGAAAGAGUUUCACACAAAAAGGACACCUUAAGAGUCACAUGAUGAUUCACACUGGAGAGAGGCGUUUUACAUGCGCUCAAUGUGGAAAGAAGUUUAUAAGAAAUGGAGAUCUUAUAAAGCACUUGAGAAUUCACACUGGAGAGAAGCCUUUUAUAUGCCAUCUGUGUGGAAAGAGUUUUGCACGAAAAUCAGUUCUUGAGAGGCACCUGAGAAUGCACACCGGAGAGAGGCUUUUCACAUGCCCCCAGUGUAGAAAAAGUUUCACACGCAAAGUACACCUUAAGAGUCACAUGAUGAUUCACGCUAGAGAGAAGCCUUUAACAUCCCUUCAGUGUGGAAAGAGUUUUGUAUGAAAAGCAUUUCUAAAAAAGCACCUGAAAAUUCACACGGGAGAGAAGCCUUUCACGUGCCUUCCGUGUGAAAAGAGUUUAAAAAAUGCUGGCUAUCUUACACUUCUUCAGCGCUAUCACUCUGGAUUAAAGCUAUUUAACUGUGAUUAUUUUGGCAAAAAAAUUAUGUGGGAAUCACAUCUAAAGUUACACCUGUCAACUCAUGCUAUUGAGAAGCCUUAUGUGUGCACUUCAUGUGGGAAGAGUUUUGCCCAUUUAAUUGGUAUACAGAAGCAUUUAAAAAAGCAUUGUCCAAAGUAGUCAUAGUGAGCAAAGUUUGUCUUCAUGGUCAACACUUACUUAAAGCAGUAUAACACAAUUUUAAUGUAACAACAUAUACAUCAGAUCAUGAGAUCCAACCCAAUCUCAUGAAAAGUCAUAUAUAAUUUACGAGUUGGCUAUUUUGUAUGGUCUUGCAUGAUGUCGUUUGCAUAAACUCGUACAACUUCAUCACGUGCAAAUUCCCGGAUGUCUAAUGUGGAAGCGUGAGUUCCGCGCACGAGGCAUUAAGGAUAUACUUAUUAAUAUUAUGCCCUAACCCAAACCCCUUAUCUUUUUUUAUUUGUUUUAUUUUAUCCCCUUUUCUCCCAAUUUGGAAUGCCCAAUUCCCACUACUUAGUAGGUCCUCGUGGUGGUGCGGUUAUUCACCUCAAUCCGGGUGGCGGUGGACAAGUCCCAGUUGCCUCCGCUUCUGAGACAGUCAGUCCGUGCAUUUUAUCACGUGGCUCGUUGUACAUGACACUGCAGAGACUCGCAGCACGGGAGGCUCAUGAUAAUCUCCGCGAUCCACUCACAACUUACCACGUGCCCCAAUGAGAGCGAGAACCCCUAAUCGCUACCACGAGGAGGUUACCCCAUGUGAUUCUACCCUCCCUAGCAACCGGGCCAAUUUGGUUGCUUAGGAGACCUGGCUGGAGUCACUCAGCAUGCCCCGGAUUCGAACUCGCGACUCCUGGCGUGGUAGUCACCAUCAAUACUCGCUGAGCUACCCAGGCACCCACCCAAACCCCUUAUCUAAACCUAACCAAUCAGUAGAGUGUGUAAACAUGAUAGGAAGUUGUUUUUGUGUUCCAGAAGCAAGUAAUUGUCACAUAUUAGAUGGAAACGAUGUCCAGUGACAUCAUUAGCUCUAGUGAAAGUCAUAGGAAUUCAAACUAGUGCAGUCGCACGAUAUCAUACGAAUUAGCCAAAUUUAGAAAAGUCGUACGAUUCCUGACGAUUUCGCUGUGAGAGUGUCGCGAGAUCUGAUUGCUCUAGUUAGAAAAUAAUAUCAGCAUAAGAACAUUUGAUAGGGAAAGAAAAAUACCAUAAAAUGCGUUUAAAUGGCCACUUUAUAUGACCAGAUUUAAUGUCAUAAAUAUUAGAAUGACCAAAUUAACCUUUAGCACAUCACAUAAAAAGAGAUUAAAAUUAAUUGUUCAUUUUAGUGUAUUAUUUCUUUAUCUCCAUUGAAUUGAUCUUGACUAUUUCUAAUAAUGUGAUCAAAAACUAUAUUUUUAGAAUUUCUGCUGUAUGCACACAGUUCUGGUACUUGAAGAGAAACAGAUUCAGCUCUUUGAACAAGAGAGAAGACUGUCUCAAAAAGUGGAGCUGCAGCGAUUUAGAAACAGUUUGUUUUAUUUGACAGCAAGCUUUUAAGUAUGAAAACACUAAUUGAACUACUGUAUCAAGUGCAAGAUGGACAUAUUUUAAGCAGAGACAAUGGUGUAAAGAUGAGUGGGUUAUUUAUAUUUGCCUUGUUGUUUAUUGAUGUUUAAUUCAUGUAAUUUUGAGAGAAAUAUUAGUCAUCUUCAAUAGAGCUGUUUUAAAGGUAACUAAAAUGUAGUUUUCUUUGCACUGUUCAAACAGCAAACUGUAGGUCUUAUUAUACUCCUGUAUCAUAAUAAAGUCAAACCUCUGCUUAUUAUCCUGAAAAGCUUGUUUCAUUAUUGUAAAAAGCCUGAGAGAAAUAACAGAACCAUCACUGUUAAUAGAGCUACUGAAAAGCCUCAUUAUUUCAUGCCAGUUGUCCCCUUAUUUCACCUAAAUCGUUAAGGUGAUGUCUUACGGUGAUUACUUAUAAACAUCCACUUAAAGCACAUUUUGUUGACGCAAAGUACAAAAUCACCACUGUUGAUCUUUAUUUUAAAAUCUGAAAGAAAAGCUGCCAAAUAAAAACCAACCACUUGAUAUGUUGAAGUUAAAAGUUAAAGCUAAAAUUAGUCAACUAUUGGGAAAUGUUCUAAGAGGCAAAAUGUUUGAUCAAUUGUUUGGGGAACAAAGAGCAAAUAAAUAAAACACUAAAAAGUCUGAAACAGAUGGCCAUAGUAGUAUUCAUAAAUCAAAUGAUAAAAAAUAAUUCAAGUAUCUGUACUUUAUAAUUUUUUAAUGUGUUCUACACUACAUUUCAUAAGCAUUCUAUUUAACUUUUUAAUCCAUUACAUUUCAGAAAAGAAAAAAAAUAUGUGUCUAUUACGACUGUAAGAUUUGUUCCCUGAAAGGAGGGAAUGAAACGCUGCGUCGGUAGCUGAUGCUAUGGGCAGGGGCGCAUUAAUGCAUGGGCUUACACGGGCUGAAACCAAGGGGCCCACAACUCCAAGGGGGGGCCUUUUUGCCUGGCACCCCAUUCUCCCCCGCUGACAUUCGCGGGAGGAGCGCGUCUUAACGCUUUCAGUAGGAGAGGCUGUUGUGAACACGGAGAUGGUUUUCAACCGUAAAAGCCGUCCAUGUAGCGCAGGAGUCCCCAAACUAGGGCCCGCGGGCCGAAUAUGGCCCUCAAAAAUGUAUUGACCGGCCUGCGGAACCAUGCCUGUCACACGUUUUGACAGGCCCGCACUGGAAACGUGAGACUGCUUUGGUGGCUUUUCAUGUCUGUAAGACUGACUAUAGUGUGAGCCAAUAGCAUUCUAGUGCACGCUGUUAAGGAGCAUAUCAUUGGUUUCACCCGCAAACGAAUAUGCCACUUAACUGAUGUUUGAGUCGGUCAUUUGAGUCUGAACAAGAUAAGACCUCUCAUUCAUAAAGAAACUGAACUGGUACACUUGUUCACGAACGAAAUGCAUGAAUCAUCAUUAACAAGGAUCUGCUGAGCAAUUAAACGAGAGGAGGCAGCAUGUUGUUUGUUCAACUCUGCAAACUCAUUCAACACGAAAAUGUGCCGGAUUUAUUAUGAAUAAAUAAAUGAAUAUACUUAUUACAGACGUACAGACUUUAUUGAACUAUUUUGUUAGGCUAGUAUUGUCUUUUUUUUAUAGUCAUGCUCAGCAGUUUACAGUAAUAGAUACUGUAUGCUUUGUUGUCAUUUGUGAGGUGAUGAUGCUUAAAGACUUUGCAGUGAUUAAGUCACUUAGUAGAACUGUUGAGAUGCAAAUUUUUAUAAAUGAUAAUUAGACUGUUUCCGAUUGUAAAUAACUCUGAUUAUUCCUCGUUCAAAGCAUAAAAGUCAUUUGGUGCCAUCUACUGGUGCAACAGUUUUUAUAUUAUUAUUAUUUUUAAUAAUCUCCCCAAUUUGGAAUGCCCAAUUCCCAAUGCACUCUAAGUCCUCAUGGUGGUGUAGUGACUCGCCUCAAUCCGGGUGGCGGAGGAUGAAUCUCAGUUGCCUCUGCAUCUGAGACCAUCAAUCUGCACGUCUUAUCACGUGGCUUGUUGAGCACAUUACCACAGAGACAUAUCGCGCGUGGAGGCUUCACGCUAUUCUCCGUGGCAUCCACACACAACUCACCACGCACCCCAUCGAGAGCAAACCACAUUAUAGCGACCAAGAGGAGGUUACCCCAUGUGACUCUACCCUCCCUAGCAACCGGGCCAGUUUGGUUGCUUAGGAGACCUGGCUGGAGUCACUCAGCCAGCCCUGGAUUGGAACUCGCGACUCUAGGGGUGGUAGACAGUGUCUUUACUCGCUGAGCUACCCAGGCACCCGCAAAAAUGGACAAUGAAUGAAUCUAUUAACUAAUCUGAACAAAUCUUUUUGUUGAACAUAUUAAAAAGACUUGUCACUGAGAUUAAUCAAAAUCAUCACCACUACUGGAUAGAGUACUUGUUACAAAUUCGUUAAGCCAAUGGUUGGAUCCACUGAUGUAAGACUAUGACUGGAUCUUCCCCCCCCUCUUCAUGUCUUGACAUGCACACAUCUUCCUUAAAGCAAGUUGCUAAGAAAUAUAUACAUACAAUAAAGUUACCAAUAUUAACAUAAUGUUCUGUGAAUGGAUUUUAAUUGUAGAAUUAAUCCCUGAAAUAAAACCAGAAGAAUAAUCUCUGUGACAAAAAUACCGUAGGCUCACUCUGACCCCCCUUGAAAACAUAACAGUGUGACCUGACCCUGGCAGCAAAAAUUUAGGAGACCCCUGUUAUAGCGCAUCUUUAUAGAUCCACAGGAAAAAGGGAACAAUUAACACAUUAAUGGUAAAUAUAGUAACAAUUAUACUAGCUAACGGAGUAGUUAAACAUUGUGUAGAAACUCAUCUUCACACAGUAGAAAGAGAAUGGCAAAACGGUCAAAGGGCACUAGCUGAUAGGGUAGUGAAAUAUUUAAUAUAAAUACUCAAUGCAAACAUGGUGCGAAAGAGCUUCAUUUUUUACAAAAUGGUCAAGAGACCAUUUCGAUAACAUAAGCAGUUACACUUGCCAAGCAGGGUUUUGUGACACAUUGACAUAUCAACCUUCCUUUACAGUGAAAACUUGGGAUAAGAAGAAGGAGAUAUCCAAGAUAUAAAACCUGCCAAAGUGUUAGGGGAUGCCCAGCUUGCAGCCUGACAGAUGUCCUCCAAGGACAUACCCUUUGCCCAUGCUUAGGAGGCAUCCAACAGCUCUAUCAUCUCCAGGAACCAAGGGCUGUUGGACCACUUCAGUGCAACUAGCUGCACAUUUCCCUAUCCUCCUCAACCUUGCAAAGCACUUGGUGUAGCAAGCGGACAGGAGGUAAUGCAUAUUUGCAUUUCACUGGCCAUUUGUGAGCUAGGGCAUCCAAGUCUCGUGGUCGGGCAAUUUAUUUGUAACAUGAUGAUGCACAUAAGUUGCUUGAUGCAGCUGAGUCCAGCACAGUAUAACAUCAUACUGGCAUAGCUUGUGCCCCAUAAAACUCUACAAUGUUAACUGCUGUGUGUGGUUGUACUGUGGGCUGGCCUAAAUGUGGAUAGGUAAGUCUUUGUAUAGAUUUUUGGUCUCUUGCAGAUCUUCUUAAAUUAGUUAAAGGGUCAGCAGUUGGGGAAAUCAAUGUAGGUGUGUGUAUUAAGUGGUGGAUUGCUGAGUUCACCUUCAAUGAUUCUUUGUUACUUCUGAUACUUUCUCCA